CCCUUCGUCAAUUCCGAACCCAAGCCCAAGCGUAACCACGAACAAACAAGUGGAGCCGGGGUACCCUAGCUAUGGAGGAUACCUUUAUUCCAUCCCGGGUUAUUCUGCUUUCCAACCCGUCUCCUACCAGGGUAUCAUGCCGCCUAAUCAGCACGCGCCUCAAACCCCGACCGACUUUUCCUUUCCACCAACGACUAAAGAAACUGUUGAGGAAAAGAGCGAAGCAAAACCUGAUGAACCAACAAAAGUUGCCACUCCAAAGGCACAAGAUUUUGAAGAACAUUUCACACCUGAAAUUAUACCAGCAGCUUCCAUCUCUGAUCCCAAACCUCAAUCAGCUGAAUCUAAGAUGAGCAUUACUUCCCUAUCACAAGGAUCUGGAGCAACGGUAACCAUUCCUUCGCACGCGAACAGCAAAGAUGCAAAAAAGAAGACCCCAGAAAGAUUCAGUCUUAAAACUAGCAUACCUAUCAGUAAAAUAGACAUGAAAUGCGUUAGUAAUCCUCCAGACGCGAUAUACCAAAAUGCUAUUAGUAAAAAAAUUCAAACACCAUUCAAUCCAGCUUUUCAAAAUCCAAAAGAUAAUAGACUUGAAAUACAAAGUAAUAUAGUAAUAAAGAAUGCACAGAACGAACCUGAGGUGAAAACAGAAGUAUCGAAGCCUACUAGCAGUACACUGCACCCGAUAGUGACGACUUGUAGCAAUAACAUCAGUGCUCUGUUAAACGCGGCAGAGACAAUUAACAAAACAGAUAAUCAGUUUUGGAAACCGGAAGCGAAACCAAGCUCACCGACUGAAGCGAAAGAGCUCCCAACAUUCACACCACAAGUGCCAGUGACUGCAACAAAAACUAUCUAUAACCCUGUUACUACUGAAGCUAGUAAGCUAAAUUUUACAAACAAACCACCUGACACCUCGUACGGAGAGCAGAAAAAUCAGAUUCUAUUUAUUCAAAACAAAAACACAUCCAAUCCCAAAAUGCUGUUGACGAUCCAGCAACAAAACCCUCAAGUUUUACUACAAAGAAGUAACUUCGAGUCAAAAAACCUGCAAGCUCCUUCACGACUGUCUGGUCAAAUAAAGAAAAGUAAAGAAGAACACUUGAACGAGAACGGAACCUCGUCGAAGGUAGUGGCCCUAAAGAGGUUGCACCAAGAGAAUUGCGACGAGAACGAUUUCGAGAAUUUGAUCACUGAGAACCAGAUAUAUGGAAAUAAGAUAGUCGUGAAGGAGAAGUCGGGAACACUUCAAGAACAAGACUUGAAAAAGAAUAAAGACAAACAGACACAAGAAACGAAGAAUGUUGUGUUACAGCCAAAUUUUUUAUACUUAAGUAACGUACAAUUUCCUGCCAAUUUAAUGAUGAUUAAAAAUAAUAAAAUCGGUCAAACAGCAGAUGCCAAACCUAACAAAACCGCAGCCAAUGAGAAUAAAACAAAUGAUGCUAAUAAUACCAGUACUGAAACAAAUAAUAUCAAAAGCCUGAAAACUCAAAAUGUGACGACUAGCAAAGAAAUCCAUGUACUUAAAUCAAGUAACAAUGUUUUACAAACGUUAGCAAAUAAAACGAAUAAAACAGAUAUAGUUUUUCAAACAUCCAAUCAAAAAGUUAUAAUGAAUCCGCAAAUAGUAUAUCAAGUGCCGAUGAUUGUGGACCCUGAUAACAAAAUGAACCAACCAUUCAUCAACAGGGAAUAUCCUAAAUUCGUCACGCAAAAUAAGAAAGAAUUUCCUAAACCCCUCGACACAAGCAAGUCAGAUAAGUUAUUUAUUGCAUGUCCAUACCAAAUGGAUUCUAAAUUACAACCAAAAAUAGUUAUCACUAAUAUUAGACCCAAAAUUACUAAAGUGGAAGAAAUUAGCUCUUUAGAUAUGUACGAGAAGAGAAGACGUAUACGUCGACUCAAAUACCUAUCCAACCGUGAUACUAAAGAAACACCGAAGCCUGAAAUCAAAAAGACCCCAGAGAAAGCAGACACUCUUCGAAAUAUCAUAACUCCUGAUAAAAUGAAAGGGGAAAUUUACAAGGAAUUUGCAAACACCAAAAUUAGGAUAGAAGAAGACAGUAGUGACAGUGACAGUGAUUAUGGAGAAAACGAUUUAAGAGAAUAUAAUGCCAUAAUAGAUGAGUUUAGCAAACCAAACGAAGUUGAGACUGGAAAAAUUGAAUUUUUGGCCAGUUUCCGACUGGCGACUCAAGAUGCUUUUAAAGAAAAGCAACUAGACCGGGAAGAGCGAAGCUUAACCAGAGACGCGGUUGCUUCAGCCUACAUCACGGCGGGCCGCCUGGACAGGCUGUGUCGGGAGGAGCCCUUGGAGCCGCCAGCACCGCAUUUGGAUGUAGCGGCGCCGCCCCGGGGACCGGAGGAACAGCACCCCGCGCAGAAACAGAUGUUCCUCACGCAGCUGCAGCUCACGCAAGUGCCUCCGAAGUAUAAAGACGGAUAUGAAAAGGCGUGGCAAGUUGUAUUGCAAGAAAGAAAACGCAGAAAUGGGACAAUCCAAGAAGACACCGCAAAGAAACCCUGCCCCCAUAAAGAAAUAGACCUGGACCCGAACGGGCAGCUGCAGCUCUUGACCGAGAUCAAGAAAUGCGUCAACGAGAACAACAAUCUGAUCAAAAAGCGAUUGGACUCCUCUUGUGAUGAUGGAGAAAGCGACAUCCACGCAUUAGCAGAAAAGAACUUCUCAGAACUAGACAGGCUUUCCAAAAUGGCCGACAGAAGUGUGAAGCUAUACAGCGGCGUGGACUCUCGGAAACGAGACCUAAACCCUGGCUUCGAUAGUGAGAACAUCCAAAAACCUAUAAAAGUUGAACAGCCGUACUUAAAUUAUCCUAAAAUUAAUAUACCUAAUCUAUCUAAGAUAAUAUCGCUGAAGAGUGUGCAAGAGUCGGCCGCGGGCACGUCGAGUCCGGCGACGUCGAUGGAUGAACCGCUGAGCUCGGCCGCGGGGGUUGGCUUGGAGAGCGAGCGGCGCGAGGCCGCCUGCCAGGUCGAGGAACCCGCUUGGCCUGGCAUCGAAACUCUCAUUAAAAAUUAUAAGGAGUUUGAAGCAGCUCGCAAGAAAGAAAUAUCAACGCUUCACCGCCGCAACACACGUCUACGGGUAGAGUGCGCACAGACGACGCGCGCUGCAGCCGCCGAGGCCGAGCGUGCGCGCGCACUCUUAGCCGAGCGCCGGCAGUUAGCGCGCGAGGAGGCCGCCGCGCGCGCAGCGCUUACGAAGCUCGCGCAGGCUGUCGAUGCGAUUAGGAAAUACUGCUGACUUUAGUUUAACAACGCUGUCAUACCGUUAC